AUGUCCGCUGACCAAGGCGCUCCACUAGGCAUACUUGCCAAGACCGACGAAGUCACAAAGUCUGAAUUCGGCGUUGUAGCCGUCAUGCUUGGUCUACUUCCUGGGGUGCUGCAACUCAUAGGCCCUAAGUUCAGCGACCUCGCCAUCCUCGCUACCCGGAGACCUAUUCUGGCACUGUUUCUAACGAUCGGAUCGCCGUGUCCAGCUCUGGACUACGAGACUACGGGCAUGGAGUCUCUUCUCGCCGAGGACUCGCCGCCUUUCUGGCCCGCCUGGUUGAGGACGCGACGACCAUGGUUGAGCGUUGUAAUUUCUCUCCUAGAAUACUUUGCGGUUAUGGUGGCCGCUGGAAAUGUGGUGUAUCAUUUCUACCGCCUUACAUUCUAUGCUGUCGUCUUGAUCAGCACCCAGAUGGGGCAGUACGGCGGUACGCUAGAAGCCUUUGCGCCGCUGCUCUGGGCCUUCAUUGGUAUCCCUAUACACUUUCUUGGCGUCUUGCAACUACGUUUGUGCCGCGUUCCUUUGGCAGGCGAUGCUUCAUCGACACGCCCGCGGAACAAAACAUCGUUAACCUCCCGCCUCCGGAAUGAACUCACUCCUUGUGCCUUCGCGACAGACAUCGAACCCGAUGGAAUCAAACUCCAAAACGGUCCCAUAUAUCAGAUUCUCAACUGGCUGAUCAGGCUUUGCAUUUGGACUGAUGUCAUUUACGGUAUCAUCGUUCUCUCGACGAUUCUAUUUGUCCCGAUGUGGAGCGCUAUUUGGAUGAUUGGUCUUAUAUUUACGGGAACGCUUGUUUGUAGGUUAGUCUUGGCCUUCGAGAUGCACGGGUUGCGUGAGGUGCCAAAGGUGUAUGAGAAAGACUCAAAGGGAUCCAUGGAAACUGGUUAUGAAAUGGCGCGGUUCAUGCCUGAGAAUGGAAAAGCGUCAUCGCAAGAGCAUACCUUGCCUCUCUUGCAUCGCUGA